GCUUCUUCUUUUUCAUCCCAACCGAUCCUUCCUCUCUUAAUUUCAUCGAUCUUUCCAGCAUAAAACUCUCCUCCUUUGGAUAUUCCUUUUCUGCUAAAUCUUCUUGUUCGAACGCAUCUCCACUUGCAUAUUCAGCUCCGAUCCAGUUAGCAUUCAGAAGCAAAGCUUAAGGCGAGGGAGAAGAUUUGGGGCUUAGAAUUCUCUCUCUCAACCCAGAAAUUCCAGAUCUGUUCUGCUCUUUCUCCCUCUGUCCGCUGGCCUCUGCUGUGUGAGGUUGAGUUCGGUUUUUGCCCGUGAGUCCCCUGCAGAAUUUGCCGUCGGCUUCUUCCCUCCGCCAGGUCCGGUUCUGCAGCUGGUUGGAAAUUCUGGUAUGUUGACAGCCCCAUUAAGUCCGAAAUUACCCAUUUAAUAGCUGGGUUUUGUCCAUUUAGUUGAUGCUCUGUGUUGUCCGAAUUUUCUGCUGGGAAUAGGAGGGGAUUCGGCAGUAAAUGGGACCAUGAUUUUGCUUAAUUCAUGUAGAAGUUAGUUUAAGUAGGCUGUUGUAAUGUUCUAGAGAGAAAAUCCCAUGUGUGUGAGUUGUGGUUUGCCAAAGCCAUGCUCUCCAUGUGCUGCCCGUGAGAAAUGGGGAAAUUUUGGUAGCUAAGUUAUGUUUUUAAACUUGGUUUAAGUGUAAAUUAGCUUGAAUUGGGUUGUUGUGAUUUUGGAGAAAAAUCCCAGCUUCCAGUGAGGAGCCCCAAAUACACUGCCUUUCGCUCAUCAACAUCUUUGUUCUGCGUUCUUCAGAUAUAUACAUUUUCUUCCUUGUUAAAUCUUCUUGUUCCCUUAAAAAAAAAAAAAAAGAAGGAAAAAAAAGAAGGGAGAAAAAAGGAAAAAAGGAAAAAAAAGAAAGAAAGAAAGAAAAAAGAAAGUACUGUUGUUCAAACGCAUCUCCUCCCGCAUUCAGUUCUAAGUUAGUGUUCAGAAGUAAAGCUCAAGCUACAAGCUAAGGAAAAUGUCUGAAUUGAUGCCGGAAUUAGUCGCCGAUAUUCUCCUGCGCCUCCCGGUGAGUUCGCUCCUACGAUGCAGAUGUGUUUCGAAAUCACUCCGCACCGAAAUCGAUAGUGAAUAUUUCGUCAAGAAUCAUCUCGACAGAUCAAUCCAGACGGAAACCCGCCAAAAGCUAGUCAUCUACGGCUCAUUGAUCAACCAGAGCUCCGAAAUCUACGUUGCUGAUUUUGAUGACAACCUCGCUCGUGCCCGCCCACUCAACAGACCAUUGAUAUCUCGUCAUCACAACGCACCCAUGUACGGUUAUUGCAAUGGUUUGAUUCUGUUUGGUCCGCAUCUUACCAUAUGGAAUCCAUUUACCAGGCGGUAUAAGAGAAUACCACCUCCAGACGAAUCCAAUGCAAUAUUCUUGUGUUCUGGUUUAGGGUAUGAUUCUGUUCGUGAUGACUAUAUGAUUGUGCUGAUUUCAAAGCCUCAUCUUGGGUGUUGUCACGUCUGGAUUUUUGGGUUGAAAUCAGAUUUUUGGAGGAGGAGCCAAGAUUUGAAUGAUGAUGCUAGCCCAUGGCCGCUGGGGCAUUUUGCAAGUGGCGCUUUGUACUGGCCAUGUAAAAUAAAAAAUAAGUGUGUUGGUUUUGAUCUCGCCAAGGAGGUGUUCUUUGACAUCCCGCUACCGUCUGAUUGCGGGCGAGGAUCUAUCUUUUCGGAUUCCUUGGUGGUUUUCGGAGGUAAAGUUUAUAGUCCUACAUUACAUGAUGGAACUGUAGAAUAUUACUUGCUUGUGAAUGAAGAUAAGGGUGGAGAUGUUAUGGGAGUUAGCUGGCGGAAAGAGUUCACCAUGGAGAAUGUGACGACAAUUCGUGAUGUUUUUCCGCCUAGGCCUUUGGCUUAUUCAAAAGAUAGGAAUAGCAUUCUGCUUGGGGAAGUAGGUGGGGUUUUUUGGCAUAACCUUGAAAACAGAACAAAACAAAGAGUGGAUAUUGCUGGGCUCCCUGUGGAGGGCCGGUACAGAUACAAUGUUUGUUGGGAAAAUCUUGUUUCUGUUGGCAAGGAUAGUGCAUUUGAUGGAGCAGCUGAGGAAGUGACAAAUUGAAGCAGACUUCUUUUAGAGGUUCAAGUUUGUGAAGACUAAUAGCUGUUGUGAUGUAGUGAAUGGAUAUGUUUUUGGAUGGUGAGGAUGAUUGUAUUUCAAUGAAAUUCCAUGUCAAUCCAAUAUCUGUUUUAGCUCUUCUUAUAGACCCCAGUUUAGUACCUUUUGUGGAAUUUUGCUUUGUUUAAAAUGGGACAUGGGAAAUUCCUUAUAUUUGUUUGGGAACUCUGCUUUAGACGUGUAUCAUGUAUUGCAAUGUAUGUUGUAUACGCUUGUUGCUUAAUUCUUAGAAACAGGUUGAAAACUUCUUUUCUGCAUAGCAGUGGUAUGAUGGUGUAGAGUGCAUGUGUGUGGAGGGUGGAGGAACAUGUGAACAUUUAUUUUUUUCAGUGUGUUGCUUUGUGUUCAGGGUGUUUGGACAUAUAUCUAUACUUAUGAUUUAGGUGUCCAAUUAGUUCCUCAAUGCUGGAGUGGGGCAGCAAUGGAAGGAGUCAUCUUACUUUGAAGGUGAGAGUUGUUUCACAGCAGCAGUGAACUUCCAUGGAUGGCAGCAUAGGAAUUGUUGUUUGU